AGACCGGGCGUUUUUCUUACCGCACGUGCGCUUGCGCAGAGUGCGGCGACGUAGGAAAAGGUAGGGGGCGUGCCUAUUUUGCCAUUUCCCUCACUUAAUAUGGCGGUCGGGGUAGGACGCGUUACAGUGGGUAGCUCUGUUUGGCGCGUGGUGGGGAGGACCGGAAAACCGUUGCUGGUAUCCAAGGCACCAAGGCUAAUCUGCACUAGUUCUGCAGCAGUACAAAGAAAAAAUGUUGCUGCUUCAGGACCUGAGAAGUACACAGAAGCUUUUAUUAAGAAACAGACUGAAGAGUUCAACUUAGGAAAGAGACAUUUAGCCAACAUGAUGGGAGAAGAUCCAGAAACUUUUACCCAAGAGGAUAUUGAUAAAGCUAUCUCCUACCUCUUUCCAUCUGGUUUGUUUGACAAAAAGGCCAGACCUAUAAUGAAGCAUCCUACUGAAAUAUUUCCAAAGCAAAGAGCAAUCCAGUGGGAUGAAGAUGGUCGUCCAUUCAGUUUUCUUUUUUACACUGGCAAACAAUCUUAUUAUUCACUAAUGCAUGAAUUAUAUGGUAAAGUACUGCGUAUUCAGGCACACGAAGAUCAAAUGCGUGCUCAAGGAUUAGUUCCAGAGAUCAAAGACCACUUCAACCUGAUUGGCAGCAGAUGGCUGAUUAAGGAGGAACUGGAAGAAAUAAUAGUAGAAAAAGUGUCAGAUAAAGAUUAUUUGCGCUGUAUUAAACUGCUGGAAAGAUUAGUGACAUUGCCAUGCUGUGGCAUCGAAGAAGAUUAUGUGCUAAAAUUCCGCAAGCAAUUACCUGUACAAUCUAAACAGCAUGUAAUCGAACCCUUGAAAUAUGAUGAACGAGGAGUAGCCUUCAGCACUGGAGAAGGCCGACGAAAGACAGCAAGAGCAACCAUUACCAUUUAUGACAGAGGAAGUGGGAAAAUUAUUAUAAAUGGAGAUGAUUAUGUGUUUUUCUUCUCUGUGUUGCAGGACAGAGAGCAGCUGAUGUUCCCAUUUCAGUUUCUUGAUCGGCUGGGAAAAUAUGACAUGGUCUGCUCUGUCUCUGAGAGCGGGAGAUCAGCACAAGCUGGUGCAAUCCGCUUAGCUGCUGCAAAAGCUUUAUGUAGUUUUGUUACAGAAGACGAAGUGGAGCGCAUGAGACAAGCUGGUCUCCUGACGGCGGAUCCACGGAUAAGAGAACGAAAGAAGCCUGGACAAGAGGGAGCCCGCAGAAAGUUUACCUGGAAUAAGCGCUAGAUCUUGAAGAUUAAAUUGUUAACAUACGUGUUGUAUUUAUAUUAUAAUAAACUGGAGGGUUUUUUUCCAUUGUA